GCGCCCCGGUCUGGCCAGACCCGUGGACAGGAGGACCGGGUCCUGGACUCUGACCUGGCCGCAGCACAGCGUCUCUGAGGCGGCUGGAGCGACACGGUGCUCCCCGGAGAGACCACAAAACCCGGAGUCCGGCUCGAAACCGCCCGGAGCCCCCGGAGCCCCGGAGCGGCUCCCCGCAGCGAUUCGUUUCCUGUCAUCUGCUCGUCUUCCUCUUUGGGUUCAUUCGGCUAGUUUUCAUCAGUCACGUGAAUAAAGGAUCGACAGGACAAUUCAGGAAGUAUGGGAACGGCGCCCAGCCAGAGCGACGGCGGCGAAGCCGACGGCGACGACAGGCAGCCGAUCGUGAGCCGGCGGUGCAGCCGGAGGCGCAGCACCGCCGAGACGGUGCACUGCCCCACCUGCCAGGGCAUCGGCCGGAUCCCCCGAGGUCAGGAGAGCAAGCUGGUGGCGGUGAUCCCCUGCAGCGACCAGAGGCUCCGCCCCCGACGCACGAAGCUGUACGUGGCGCUGUCGGUGGCGGUGUGCGUCCUGGUCAGCGCCCUGGUGCUCUUCUUCCUCUUCCCCCGCUCCGUGCUGCUGUCCCCCGUCUCCGUCCAGUCCUCCUACGUCUUCUUCAUGUCCAGCUCUGUGGAGAUGAACAUCACGAACGUGCUGAACAUCACCAACCAGAACUUUGCGGAGGUGCGGGUCUACAACCUGACGGUGCAGGCGCUGAACUACCAGACGGUGGUGGGAACGCUGCACGUCAAGGACGUGACCUCGGUGCGGCCGCUGUCCGCCCAGCUGUUCUCCUUCGUGAUGCCCGUCAAUCUGACGGACGUCGGCAUGAGGGAGUACUGUCAGAACCCUGCGCUGACCGUCCACAUCGUGUACCUCCACCUCCAGAUCUCGGUGACGGUGUACUACCUGGCCCACUACGAGCAGCUCUCCCUGGACGCCUACGAGUUCCUGGACUGCGGCGCCAACGCCACCGUCCCCCACCGGCUGCUGCCUCCGCCCACCUGACGGCGGCGGCGGCGCCGCCAGCCGUCCUGGGCAGCGGCUGUCUGCUGCUUCUCUGUCUCGAUUGAAAGGGCCGGCGUGGCGUUGUGGUGCGAUCAGACUCAUUUUGGGAAUCUUCUUGAUCCCCCUCAGUGUUUUCCAGGCUCCUGAUGAGCCUCUGCUUGGAUUUGGUGAAACUCUGGAGGGAAACCGGGUCAGACAGGACGGUUCAGGACCAGGAACUGAGCCGCCGCUGUCGCUUUCACUACUGCUUCAAAGCGUCGCGCUCCGAAAUUCUUAAAACUCACUGAAAGAAAAGAAAAUGUGCUUAAAGAGACUGAUGGAGGCGACGCAGUGCGUCAUCUGCAGAAACCAGGAGUCCACCGGCCCGCCGAAGGAGGACCGCUCCACCGGCUGCUCCUCGCGGUCCAGACCUCCUGGCCUCCUGCGUCAUGUGACUCGUCUGUGAGAGAAAACACCCGGGACCAGAAUAAAAUCACAUCCAUCCACUUCCUGGUUAUGGUUUGUUCUUGUUGACAGGAGCCAUCAGGGUGAAGCGAACUGAAAGGUAACGUUAAAGAAAGUGAUUGGUCUGACUGAUCGGGGGACGCCGCUGAGUGAGGACUCCGUCCUUCGUCUCUAACCUGGCUUUUUCCAUUUGUUGAUGGGAGUUUGGCUUCAGCAGUAAAUAAAGCUCCAAGCACUGCAGAUGUCUGUUCUUGUUCAGAUUCACAGUGAGAACUGAAAAUCUGUCCAGGAAAUGAAGAUAAUUUAGAAGCUUUCAUGUUUCUGCUGUUCCUCUCUGAGCUGUAAUAAAUGACACUAAACCACAGAAACGUGCUUUUUUCUUUCUUUAGCUGUUUCUGUUCUGUUUCUCUGUUUCCUGUCACAACAGGACUGAGGCAGACGCUCCUGGUCCUCAGAGGACACCGUCUUUCACGUCAUUGAUUCAAACACGUUAGAUCCAACAGAGCUUCAUUUGGAAAACAGUGACGACCAAAUUAACCUCCUCGUUUUGUCCUUGAUUUUAAAACAAGAAAAAAGCUGAUAUGAAAAGUCUGAGGAUAAAGUUCAGAAAUGUG